CAUGUAUGUGAGGCUGUGUGAGCCAGAAGAGCUGCCUGUGUGUUUACAUGUCAGCCUAUCAGUGCUGCCGGAUUUAGCGCAUCUGGAAAGGAGAGAAGCAUAUCUCAAAUGCCCCUAAGAUAAGGGAUUCUCUCUCUCUUCCCCAUUUGAAUCUACCCUGUCUGGAAUCCUGCAUCUCUGCCUCCAUGCUUUCGGAGGCAUUUUGAAUUUCCUUGGCAACAUGGAGCUGCCUGAAUUAGAAUUCUCUGCAUGACAGUCCUGGUAAACAUUAGGAUGGUGUCUGGGGAGGCAGGAGGGCACAGCUACUUGGUGGCAUGCUGGCAGCCCAUCCUGAUCCUGAUGCUUGGCACCGUCCUUUCUGGCUCCACCACCGGUUGCCCUUCCCGAUGUGACUGUAAUGGUCAGGAGCGUUCAGUUGUGUGCCAUCGAAGGAGACUGACAACUCUUCCAGAGGGCAUCCCCACUGAAACAAGGCUACUGGACCUCAGCAAGAAUCGUCUGAAAAAUCUGGGACCUGAGGAGUUUAUUAAUUACCCUCAGCUGGAAGACCUUCAACUUAAUGAAAACAUAAUAUCAACCAUUGAGCCUGGGGCUUUUAGCAACCUAAUGAACCUUCGCACUCUAGGUUUACGCAACAACCAGCUGAAGCUCAUUCAGCUGGGAGUUUUCACUGGCCUCACCAAUCUCACCCAGCUGGAUAUCAGUGAGAACAAAAUUGUCAUUCUGCUUGACUACAUGUUCCAGGAGCUGUACAACCUGAGGGCUCUGGAAGUUGGUGACAAUGACCUAGUAUUCAUCUCACCCCGAUCAUUUCAUGGCCUCAGCAACCUCGAAAGUCUCAACAUUGAAGGGUGCAAUAUAGCCUCAGUGCCAACUGAUGCCCUUAGCCAUCUCCAUAACCUACUGUCACUUCGACUGCGUUAUCUGAACGUCACCGUCUUGAGGGAUUACUCAUUUAAGAGGCUGUAUCGGCUCAGAGUGUUGGAGAUUUCUCAAAUGCCCACCCUGGAUACCAUGACUCCGAAAUGCUUCUUUGGACUCAACCUCACAUCUCUGUCAAUUACAAACUGUAAUCUUACUGUCAUUCCAUACCAAGCCAUUAGUCACCUAAGAUAUCUUCGUUUUUUGAAUCUGUCUUUCAAUCCUAUCCAAACUGUGGAGGGUAACCAGCUCUUUAAUCUGCAGAAGCUUCAGGCUUUUCACUUGGCUGGCGGAAGAUUAGCUGCCAUUGAGCCCUACUCUUUCCGAGGACUCAACCACCUCCGUGUACUCAAUGUAUCCAGUAAUAACUUGAGCACCCUGGAGGAGUCCGUCUUUCACUCAGUGGGAAACCUGGAGACGUUAGCUUUGUAUGACAACCCACUCGCCUGUGACUGUCGCCUACUCUGGGUCUUCCGUCGACGGUGGAGGCUCAACUUCAACAGACAACAGCCCAUGUGUGCCUCACCUGAGGUGGUACAAGGAAAAGAAUUCAAGGACUUCCCAGAUAUCCUCCCUUCAGACUACUUUAUCUGCCAGAAAUCAAAAAUUAUGGAUUAUAAUGUUCAAGAAAGCCAUGUGGAUGAAGGAACUACGGUUCAUUUCACUUGCCAAGCUGAGGGUGAUCCACUACCAGUCAUAAUGUGGCUAUCACCCAAAAAGGAAUACAUCACUACCAAAACUAUGGGGUCAAGACUUACUGUGACAUAUGAGGGCACAUUGGAGGUGCGUUAUGCCCAAAUCCAGGACAACGGCACGUAUUUGUGCAUUGCAAGCAAUGCAGCAGGCAAUGACACCAAAGCGGCUCACCUUUUUGUACAUAGCUACUCACCCAAUUGGCCCCACCAGCCAAAUAAAACAUUUGCCUUCAUUUCCAACCAGCCCAGCGACGAAGGUGCAAAUGUGACCCGGGCCACAGUUCCAUUUCCAUUUGAUGUAAAGACACUAAUCAUCGCAACCACCAUGGGAUUCAUCUCUUUCCUUGGAGUUGUCCUCUUCUGUCUUGUAAUAUUAUUCCUCUGGAGUAGAGGAAAAGACAAUACAAAGUCAAGUAUAGAGGUUGAAUAUGUGCCACGAAAGGAGGAAACAGAGGAGGCCAGUCCAGCUGAGGAACCCAUACAAUUCAACAUGAAAAUCAUGUGAAACUCGAAAGGAGGGGAUUUAAUCUUACAAACUGCAGUCAGGAUGCAUUCUAUCCACAGUUUAAAUAUGUACUCAAUCUGAGUGAUAGAAACUGCACAGCAGUAAAUGCAUUUUGACACUGGACCAUUGGUGUGUUUUUUCACUUAAGGGACUGAAAUAUCAAACAAAUCUUGACUUUCAAAUAUUACAAUUUCUGUAAAUUUGAAUUGGCAAUAUCAAAACGGUAUGUUAACAUGCACUGAACAACCCAUAACCGUAUGUAACCAAAUAAAGGUCAUGAAUAAAGCACAUGUAUAAGAGAAAUGUUCCUAAUAAAAAUGGUGUCUAAUGGGCGGAAUUAUCCUGCAAGUAGUCUUUCAGCACAAAAUAGGUGGAAGUUUGUGUUGUAUUAA